UCCAGGAGGACUCUGCUCUGACCUCACCUCAUCUUCCUGUGGGGCCUCCUCUGAACCCCAUGAUGCUAGUUCCUGAGACAGAGGAGCCCUGAGAAGCCGUCCUUGUCCGGGGAGCCAACACCACAGCCUCAGACAUGCCGCUCCUGCUGCUGCUGAUGCCCGGCCUGCUGUGGGGGAGCCUGAGGGCCCAGGACCAGAAGGGGAACAGCCCUAGUUACUGGCUCCAAGUGCAGGAGUCAGCGACGGUGCAGGAGGGGCUGUGUGUGCAGGUGCCCUGCACCUUCUUCUACCCCCGGGAUGGCUGGGACGACUCCACCCCAGCUCACGGCUACUGGUUCCGGGAAGGGACUAAUGCACUCAGAGACGCUCCAGUGGCCACAGACAACCCACAGCGCAGAGUGCUGAAGGAGAACCAGGGCCGCUUCCUCCUCCUUGGGGACCCCAAGGACUACAACUGCUCCCUGUUCAUCAGAGAUGCCAGGAAGGAGGACCAGGGGAAAUAUUUUUACAGGGUGGAGAGAGGAGUGUUAAAGUACAAUUAUCUUUCAGAGUCUCUCUCUGUGCAUGUGUCAGCCCUGCACCACACACCCCUCAUCCUCAUCCCGGAGACCCUGAAGUCUGGCAUCCCUGUAAACUUGACCUGCUCUGUGCCCUGGGCCUGUGAGAGGGUGAAGCCCCGCACCUUUGCCUGGAUUGGGGAUGUCACCACCUCCCAGGGCCCCAGCACACCCUUCUCCUCUGUGCUCACCCUCACCCCAAGGCCCCAGGACCAUGGCUCCAGCCUCACCUGUCGAGUGACCUUCCCCAGAGCCAAUGUGAGCACAGAGAAGACAGUCCAGCUCACCGUGACCUGUGAGUGCUGCUCUGGACCUGGGCCCAGAGGGUUCAGAGGGCAAGACCCUCCAUAGAAUGUGACCAUCACUGUCUUCAGGGGAAACAGCACAGGUAGGAGGGCCCUUCCCAGAGGUGGGGACAGCGGUUAGGGCUGUGUCCUGCCUCACCUUGGUGAACUAGACCCCUUUCCAGGUGAACCCAGUUGCCCCUCCUCCCUCAUAGUAUCCAGGGUCAGUGUGGUUCUGAGUGAGGGUUGUGGUGUCCACAGCCUGGCUGACCUGUGCCCAGGUCCUAUGAACACCAACCCCCAGCUCUGUGCAUUCUGGGUCUGCACUCCCCAGGCCUCAAUGCAGAUGGCCUCAUCCUCAGAGCAGGGGGGUGAGCAGGGCUCCCUCUCUACUGAGCCCUCUCCCUGACCUCUCAGUGUCUGUGUUAGC